AUGCCGGGUUUCUCACAAGCAAGCGAUCUCCCCGCCUGGAAGGAGCUCCAGGAGCACCACAACACCCUGGGACGUAACAUUGUCCUGAAGGAGUACUUCCAGAAGGACCCCAAGCGGUUCGAGAAGUUCAGCCACAAGUUCGCCAACACUGUUGACAACACCGAGAUCCUCUUCGAUUUCUCCAAGAACUUCUUGACCCAGGAGACCGUGUCUCUGCUGGUCAAGCUCGCCAAGGAGGCUAAUGUCGAGGAGCUUCGUGAUGCCAUGUUCCGUGGUGAGCACAUCAACUUCACCGAGGACCGUGCUGUCUACCACGCCGCUCUGCGCAAUGUCUCCGGUGAGCCCAUGGAAGUUGAUGGAAAGAGCGUUGUGGAGGAUGUCAACUCGGUUCUCGAGCACAUGAAGGAGUUCUCCGAGCAGGUGCGAAGCGGAGAGUGGAAGGGUUACACCGGCAAGAAGAUCAACACCAUCGUCAACAUUGGUAUCGGUGGUUCCGAUCUCGGCCCCGUCAUGGUCACUGAGGCCCUCAAGCCCUACGGCCACCCCGACAUGAAGCUCCACUUUGUUUCCAACAUUGAUGGAACUCACAUUGCUGAGGCGCUGAAGAACUCUGACCCCGAGACUACCCUCUUCCUGAUUGCCUCCAAGACCUUCACCACCGCCGAGACCACUACCAACGCCAACUCUGCUAAGACUUGGUUCCUCGAGUCCGCCAAGGACGAGUCACACAUCGCCAAGCACUUCGUUGCCCUCUCUACCAAUGAGUCUGAGGUCACCAAGUUUGGCAUUGAUGCCAAGAACAUGUUUGGCUUUGAAUCUUGGGUUGGUGGCCGUUACUCCGUGUGGAGUGCCAUUGGUCUGUCUGUUGCUCUGUACAUUGGUUACGACAACUUCCACCAGUUCCUGGCCGGUGCUCAGGCCAUGGACAAGCACUUCCGCGAGACUCCUCUCGAGCAGAACAUCCCCGCCCUUGGUGGUCUGCUGAGUGUUUGGUACAGCGACUUCUUCGGUGCCCAGACCCACCUUGUCGCUCCCUUCGAUCAAUACCUGCACCGUUUCCCCGCUUACCUGCAGCAGCUCUCCAUGGAGAGCAACGGUAAGGCCAUCACCCGCACUGGAGAAUACGUCAAGUACACUACCGGUCCCAUCCUGUUCGGUGAGCCUGCCACCAAUGCCCAGCACAGCUUCUUCCAGCUUCUGCACCAGGGCACCAAGCUCAUUCCCUCCGAUUUCUUGAUGGCCGCCGAGUCCCACAACCCCGUCGAGGGUGGCAAGCACCAGCGCAUGCUGGCUGCCAACUUCCUGGCCCAGUCUGAGGCUCUCAUGGUUGGCAAGACCCCUGACCAGGUUAAGGCCGAGGGCGCUCCCGAGGACCUUGUUUCUCACAAGACCUUCUUGGGUAACCGUCCCACCACCUCUAUCCUGGCCCAGAAGAUCACCCCCUCCACUCUGGGUGCUCUGAUCACCUACUACGAGCACGUCACCUUCACCGAGGGUGCCGUCUGGAACAUCAACUCCUUCGACCAGUGGGGUGUCGAGCUGGGCAAGGCUCUUGCCAAGAACAUCCAGAGCGAGCUUGAGACCUCUGGCGCAGGUGCUGACCACGACAGCUCCACCAGCGGUCUGCUGCUUGCCUUCAAGCAGAAGGCUAACCUGGCUUAA